AUAAAACAGGAAGUAAAUAGUCUGUUCGAAAAUGGCAACAUGGAAUUAUGCAUUCUUAAGAAAAUGGUUGUUUAUGUCCAUGAUCCUACAUUAUGGUUGUCCAGAUGACUUUGUCAGUCAUGCUUGUCUUGAAGCGGCGAUCGAUUUUGCCUGGAGUAGAACAGCGUGUUCGUUUACAUUAAGAACUGCAAAAUCAGAGCUUGAGUCCGACAGAUUUACCUGUUUACAGAAAUGUCAAGUAAAAAUUGAUAACUUGAUAGAACCAAAGUGGUAUGCGUAUGAAUAUCGACUUAAAUCCUUGGCUCUUAUUUUUGAUGGUUUAAGCAAAAAUCUGCAGACGAUCGACAAUCGAUGUAUUAGUUCAUAUACCUAUCCAUACGAGAGAACAUGGAAAAUUAUUUGCAAUACUAGCUUACAGAACGAAGACAUCGGAAAAAAUUUGUGCACAUCAGGUAAGAGUUGUGAAGAUCUAUCCAAGUCAUGUUCGCAAUCGUCCACAGAACAAAUCGGCGUUUGUGUAUGCAGAGAUGGGUAUCUUAGAUAUGGAAACAAAUGUUUCAAGGGAAAUUUGCAACUGAACGAAAUGUGCCAGAGAAAUGUGCAGUGUACAGGGACAGUUGGUUUGAUAUGUCACAACCAAAAAUGUGUCUGUAGACAAGGAUACUUUCAAAUCAAUGAUUCCGUCUGUUUAUCAUCUGAUAUCUCAGAUAGUUUGUGUACGUCAGAUGAGGAGUGUAGAGAUGAAUCUAAAUCAUGUUUAGUGAGAGGACAAGUCGGCAUUUGUGCUUGCAAAUCUGGGUUCAUAGGUUUCGGAAACGAUUGUCUAAAGGGAGAUUUAAGUCUGCAUGAAUCGUGCCAGCGAAAUGAGCAGUGUUCUAUGGUACUUGGCUCUGUUUGUGAGAACAACAUAUGUACCUGUAGAGAAGGCUAUGUCUCAUCUAACAAUGACUCCGAAUGCUCUUUCCGUGGUAGAUCUCAAGCAAGUGUCCAGGGCCAGAAAGAAGAUAAUGCUGUCAGUGUGACAGUUGGAGCUGUUUUUGGCGGCCUUAUCUUAGGCAUUGUUCUAACUGUUCUUGGGGUCAUCAUCUACAAAAAUAUACGAAAUGGGAAACCCAAGGCUGGAAAAAAACAAGACCAAACGGUUGCAUUUUUUAACAACACUUCUUAUGAAACUGAAAGAGAAGCACAUCAGAACCACUCUACUGUGCAACGUGCAAAUGAGAGAAAAAUUGUAAAUGUGCCACCGUUUGCUCAUUCUAUGGAUUUACCAGUAACGGAAAACACGUACACCAACAAAAGUUCGAUGGCGAAUAGUCAUGACGUAAAUAAUGACGUAUAUAAUCAUCUGCAUUAAAAAGAAGAUUCCGACAUUGAUGAAACUUACGACCACGCCCAUGAAAACAUAAAUCUCACAAUGGAGGAGAGUGACUACAGUAAUCUAAAUACAGGGAGACGAUAUAUGGCACCAGAUGUUUAUGCUUCUGAAGAUAAUGAUAAUGAUGAGCGCGAACCACCUGUUGAUUACUGUUCAUAGAAAAAGCAGUAAAGAAGUUGUAAAUUAUCGUGCAAAGACAUUCUUAUGAUUAGACUGAGUCAAGCAUUUUAUGAGACUGUUUGUUGUCUUUCAUUGACUUACUUUAGAGACCUUUUAAAUGCAUAAAGCAUAUAUUUUGAGAUCAAGUGUAGGGAGUAAAAAUAUUUUCGGUCGAAAAUCAUUAGGCAUGUUAGGGGAAACAUUCCCCUUUUUUCGUAGUUUUGGGUAAUCUUUGAGUCACAGAGUACAUGGAGAAUUCAUUCGACGAGUUCAUUCAUUUUAUGGUAUGAUUUUCAUUUCUUCAAAUUUGAUAAAGCUAAACCAAUUUGUUUGCUGUAAAUAUGCCAUUUAUUUUUUCAUAAUUAAGUGAUGCCUUUCCAGUCUCUUUUCAAAUCACCUUUUAGACUUUUUGACGCAAGUCUAUGAAGCCAAGAAAAUCACAAAGGCACUUGUACGCUCAGUACUUUUCUCAUUAACGUAAUAUCAUGAUAACAUGGCGUAUUAUUUUUGACGAAGUUGUAUUGCUAAUAUUUGCUAUUAACACACAAUUAGGUCAUCACAUAAGGUUAAGUUGCAUCUGUUUGCUCAAGUCAGUACUAAUUUGUAUAUAUGUUUUACUUUCAUAAAUAAGGAUAAUAUUACUAAAAUUCUUCACAAAAGCUAUAUCGCCUUGACUUUAUGGGUAUCUCGUGUUAUAUUGUUCUUCAGAUAGGCUUGACUAUAAAAUGAUUGAUCUGACCUAAGGAUCAUAAAACAGGUUGAAACUUAAGUCAAAUGUUAAAUUGUUGUCUAAAAAUGUUAAAGAGUUAUUAUAUUUAAAUUGGAGAAAACAUCAUUUACAGUACUAGCUUUUGAUGCAAUAUGACAUUUUGAACUUGUGUAUAUCUUAUUAUCUUCAACAUUUUGUACAACAGAAGGAUUAAAUUUUGUUCUUAGACAAAAUCGAGAGGGGGCUUUGAAAUUCCUUACAAAUGUAUUUAAUGGGAUUCAGAUCCGAGGAUUUGACAGUGCAUCAUCACAGAUACCUUUUGGUCAAUAUCUUUCGGAGUUUUGCACGCACGUGUACCUCUUUAAGGAAGAUUCAAACUGUUUGAGAUGAUAUAAGACUGCCACGAGCAUCAAUUUCUUAUCACUUUCACACCAUCAAAGUUUGAUUCCGGUUUAAUGAAAUUUUGUCCAAAACUU